GCCAGAGUCAGUCGACUAUCAACCGUGCAGCGGUGCGGCUGCUUCUGGCAACGACGCUCCUGUACAGCAGCACGCCAGCAAACAACUAUCGCCAGCCACCAACUUUGAUUGUUUUGGUUUUUUUCCUGACAUUCCACAUUUUAAUAUCCACGUCCGUUCGCGCCGUUAAUUCUGUUGGCCGUUUGAUUUCAUUUUUUCAAAAUAUUCCUGGUGUUGUUAUUAUUCGUUAUCGGUUCUUCUUUUAUUUCGGUUGAUAAAUGCGGAAUACGUUGGACGCUCUCAUCGUCGUAUCAGACUCUUGCGGAUGAAUGGGACUUUGCUACAGUAAAUAGCCCAUAAGAACCACACUGAACGGUUUGAUUCAUCGCCACCAGCUCAGUUGUAUCGAUUGAAGCGGAUUCGACUUGAUUUGACAUGCAAAAGAGGCCGCUCGGGAGCCAACGAUCGAGACGGGCGAAACAAAGGCAAUAAGAAGAAAAGGAAGGGAAAGGAAAAGGAAAAAGAGAAGCCGCCCAAUCCCGCGCCUUUGCAUGUUGAUGGGGGCGGCGUGAAUGGGACAAAACGACGACACCAACGUACGUCAACCUUCCAAGUGAACCAUCCUUUUCGCUCGCUCGCGCUCUGCUCGAAUUUUCCCACUCGUGAGAGACAAACUGUCGUUUCCCGACGCGUGACUUUAUCUCUUUUCACCACUGGCAAAAAAUUCUGGGAAAAAAACAAACGAAUAAAUAAAUCAAAUCAAAUAAAUCAAAGAAAAGGCGCACCCGGGCUGAUCCCGCGUUCGAAUUUGUUUCUCUCUCGCCAAUUAUUAACCGGAGCAACGCGGCAGUGUGUACACGAGUGUGAACCCAACAUUUGGAACAUAAUUCAGUCAAAUGGAGUUGCUGCAACACGGCGUGAACAGUCGUGAAAGUUUCGUGCUACAAUUUGAUUUCCUCUCUUUGAAUGAAACAAAAUAAAUGAAAAUUUCAGAAAGAAAAGUAGACGAAUUGGUCUGAUAUCAAAGCCGAAAAUAGUGGCAGACUCGUAAUCAUCAUCAUCGCACAACUUGGCGAGGCGAUAACAGCGAUCUAACGGUUAUUGGAGGAGCACGCGCGACGUUUUGCAUGUAAUGUUCCAGUCUGAGGCCAACUCAUCCAGCAAGUCUUGCUCGGUCGUCGUGCGUUGAAUGGCUUGCUCCUAGAUAUACUCGACACAGCGCAGUGCCUGCCGCCGAGAUAGAUCCAAAAAAGAAAAAAAGAAAAAAAGAAAAAAGAGAGCGAGUGAAAGAGAUAGAGAACACAGGGCCAAGAGAGUCGGAGUAGCAGUGGCUGGAAAGUAGAGCAACUAGCUGGGCUGGCUGCUCCCUUUGCUCUAGCAUCUCUGACUGCUCAUUUUCCUAACUCACCCGACUCUUUCCGAUGUUGUUUCUCUCCUGAUCUUUUCGACUUCAGAGUGAAACGCGUGACCGUUCGAAAAACGACUAGAGAGCCCAGCAAUUGCCCUCCUUCUUUACGGUUUAUACCCGCAAACUCAUUGACUUGGAUUGUGUUGGUUAAAGGUGAAAUUGCCCCCUACGCGCCCUGGCCCCGGCCGCCCACUUGUGAAUAAGUUGCCCGCUCUUUAAUCUGUGUAAACAUUUUUCUUGACGGCCGGAUCCUCCUCGCUCCCGUCACAGACUGGGCGGCGUGACGGUGUUUGCAUUUUUGCUGGAACUGUCGGAUUUUUGUGUUCAAAUUCAGUGAUGUUAUUUUUCGAUUGGCCGUCCAAGCAAACAGAGAAGGGGUUGAUCGUGGCGAGCGCUCGACUCCGAUCGAAAUUGCAAUUAGUGAUUAUGUAAUCGUGAAGUGCAAGUGCAAGUGCAAGUUGUGAGUUUCACAGUCCCCACCCGAAAGCGGAUUAAUUCUAAAAGUUUCUACAUAUUAAACUUGGAUAGUGCCGAGUGAAUAUUAGAAUUCCACAUUAGACAGCGCAGCUGCAGUGCUGGCAUUGAAUGGCCGGCCAGAAGAAGAGUUCCCAGCUCUUGUCUUCGAGUUGCGGCCCGCUGGGUUGGUUUCCAAACUCCGUCGGAGUCUCAGCACCACCUCCGGCCAACUUCAAUUCAAGAGCUGGCCUGACUGAGACACGACCACAUAAUAAUGUCGAAGAAGAAGAAGAAAAAGAAGAAGAAGAAGUGGAGGAGGAACUCAACGCCACAAAGGAAGACGAGGUUGAGAAUCUGAAGAGCCGAUCGUCGCUCGUCGUCACCAGCAGCAGCGCUAGGAAAGCCAAGACAUUUAUUGGCGGUCGGACGAUGCGCUUGACGUGGCAAGAGACGGAAAAGCGGCGGGACAGUGACGCGCUGGAUCUGGUGACUUCAUCAGUUGUUCUGCCGCUAGUUGAGACAUCCGUCGCUCUUGCACAGCCGCCGACGAAUACUCGGGUCGUCAGACGGGUUUCCAGCUUCGAGGACCCGCGUCCGCGUCCGCUGCCGGCCAAGACCAAUUACGAGCUGAGGCGGUGCAAGAGCGAAGUCGCCCAGCCGUCUGAUCCGUCCGCUCCAGCCCUCGAUGCCGGAAACCCGUCGGGCACAGCUCAAAACGCGCUCACGUCCAAAGACAAAAUCCAGGCGUUCGCUCGAACGGCCCGAGAGUUGCGAACUUUGAAGCUUCAUUAUUACCCCGAAGCGGGCUGGGGUUGGGUUAUCCUCUUCUGUGCGUCGGUGACUCAAUGCGUUUCGUACGGCCUCCUCCUGGCCGCCGGCACGCUGAUGACCGCCACCACCCGUCGCUACGGAUGGACGCCGGCGAGCCAACCGGCUCAGCGCUUCCUGGUCAAACCUCUGCCAGGCUACGUCACGACGUCCGCCCUGGACCCGGCCAUACUGGCCCACUACCGACCCGUCUACCUGUCGUCGGCCGUCAAUUACCCAGCGCCCAUCUCCAGUCCCGUUGCAGGUGCAUUGGCUGCUCUCUCGCUGUGCGUAGCGUCACUGCUCUCGCCAGUGAUCGUGGCCUGGUGCCGCCGGAAGUCGACGAGACUGACAGCGGUUUUUGGUGGACUCCUGGCCGCGUUGGGGCUGCUUUUUACUUCGUUUGCUUCCCAGUUCCAUCAGUUAUUUCUCAGCUAUGGAUUGAUCCUAGGUGUUGGGGUAGGUUUAACCCGUGACACGGCCACACUAAUGGUCGGCCAAUACUUCAAACGUCGCAGGGAAGCGGUUGAAAUUGCUCUAGUCGGGUCUUCCGGUAUCGGAUUGGCCCUCAUGACCGUCUUUCUUCACACAACGCUUGGUGCCAUAGGUUGGCGCUUGGGUCUGCAGGCUGUCACCGGCCUCGUCUUGUUGACCUUCAUUCUCGGAUCCUGUUACAGGUCGGCCUCUCUUUACCACCCGCAAAGGAGAGCCAUUCUACAUUUAAAGAACCAACGAAAGAAAAUCAAAGAGAAGAACAAGCACGAAGAAAAGCCACCGUUCUUUGAUUUUACUUCACUCAAAUCACGAACCAUUCAAACUAUUAUGGUCUCAACAGCUUCUAUAGCUGCUGGCAUCUACACGCCUCUUAUAUACCUGGGCUACGAAGCAGAAAAAACCCAAGGGCGAGAUUCUUCCAUGUGGCUCCAAGUGUACAUAGGACUUGCCUGGACAUUAGGUUGCGCAGCUGUCGGUCUUCUCAUUGUCCGUGAACCCGCCGAAUGCAAAAUCGGACGUCAAUACCUGUGUCAAGCUGCGGGUCUUUUGGCUGCCCUGUCUCUCCUUUCACAAGCCGUUGUCUCAACACCUUGGUCGUCACACUCGCCAAUCAGUCAACAACCAACAGCUGAUGGCCGUUACAGUCUUUUUUGCUGGGUUUACGGCUUUGGGUUGGGAGCGUAUCACUACGCUCUGAAGAUGUUCGUCUAUCAACGUGUUCGCGCUCGCAAUUUUGCUCGUGCAUGGAGCUUCGUUCAGGCAUCACAAGCUCUACCUCUAGUCUGUGGUAUACCUUUCACAGGUUUCUUAAGUACCGAGUAUGGCCAAGAAACAGCUUAUUAUGCCAGCAGCGCGUUCGUGUUUAGCGGCAGCCUAGCGCUGUUCAUAAUUGAUUUGCGCAAAUAUGUGCUGUCACAUUCGCAUUCGCAUUCUCACAAGCACCAACAUAGAAAGAAACAAAAGGGAGCAAAUCGGCCACGUACACCUAAAGUGGCCAGCGAGCCCAAUACCGACGGCGCAGGAGGUGGAAGUGUAGUAGUAGAUGGCGAAAUAUGCCGAAUAGAUGUUGAUGGAAUUGAAGUCCAGCCAGACGAAGAUGAAGAAGAUCCUUGCCCACCGUCUUGCAAGAGUCGUAUUCGAAGAGAUUCAUUGGCCGAAGAGGAGAUUAAUCUUCCGCCGCUAACGCUUUUGCAACAGACUUCCUUGGUUUUAGCUCAGUUGGGAGAGUUACCAUACGGAGCUGCCGCCGCUGAACUAACCUGCAUUUCCGAAGAAGGCAUUGCCGAUAUGGACAUUCCAGAUCAUUUACUAGAAGAACUUGACUUUGCAGCCGAUUGCAUUACUUCUUGCGACAAGGUCGAAAAUUACUUGAUGCUCAGUGAAUACGAGAACAACCUAAUUCAACAAUCUUCGACAUCUUCCACGGAGCGCAAGAGUCGAAAGUCUUCUAUUUUUCGACAAAUCGGUCAAACGUUUAGUGGCCGUUAUGGAAGUAAGGGAGACUACUCUGAGAGGUGCCUUCAUGCACCAAGUACACAUCACUUUGGGCACGGAAAUCGACGGUUAUCUAAUGUUCAACGAGGCGGUAGAGACCACUGCGAUUCACCAUUGAAAAUGAUCCAAAUUCAUGAGAACAACGAGGCUGAAGGUCGAGUUUGAGACUACGUUCUCUAAAAGACCAUAUCUUCGAUUAGGACAUUCUUAAACAAUAAACUUCGAUUGUUCAAGGUGUUUAUAAAUAAAACGUCACUAUACUCUCGCCAGAAAAUUCCUAUCCUGGAUGAGUUAUACAGCUCGUUCGCCAUUACCGUUAUUGCAGCAUAUAGGUUUUAAACAUGAUUUAUUUGUAUAUUUUGGUGACAUACUGUUGAAAAAAAAAAGUUGUUGCAAGUUAUAGAAACACAGUAAACAAAAUGCACAACAUACACAUUUCUAAUGUAAAGCAGAUGCAAUAUUAAAUGUAAAGUUUCGUAUUUAAAAAA